AUGGCCAAUCUUAUUUGGCGAUCAGCCUUCCUUCUCUCGCUGGCCGUCUCGACCGCCUACGCCCAAGACGCCGACAUCAAGUGCGGACCGGGCAACCUCUGCCCCGAGGAUAAGCCCUGCUGCUCACAAUAUGGCUCUUGCGGUGUUGGCGCCUACUGUCUCGGUGGCUGCGACCCCGUCAACUCCUUCAGCCUAGACGCCUGCGUACCUAUGCCCAUUUGCAAAGAUUACAGCAAAAACAGCUUCAGCAAUCUCGAUGAUUUCGUGAAGCAGGACGAAUACCUCGGCGAUCCUGGUGACGCCCCUUGGGUGUACUCUGGAGAGCCGGUUACCAACAACGGCGAAUUGUGGCUCACCAUGGCCGAGGGCACUUCUGGCACCUUGAUCAAGAGCACGACUUUCAUGUGGUACGGCAGAAUAAAAGCCUCGAUCCGCGCCUCUCCUGGCACCGGUGUUGUCACUGCCUUCAUCGCCCUUGGCGAUUCCAAGGACGAAAUCGAUUACGAGUGGAUCGGUGUGCAGUCUUCUGCUACUCAGACCAACUUCUAUUCCCAGGGCGUUACCAACUACAACAAUGGCAAGAACCUUACCAACCAGCCCGAUGUAACUGCCUCAUUCCACGAUUACGAGAUUGACUGGACUCCCGAUACCAUCACCUGGACUAUCGACGGCAAGGAAGUCCGUGUUCUCGAGCGCGAAGAAACUUGGAACGCUACCGCCGGUCGCUACUCAUACCCGCAAACCCCUUGCCAAAUCCAGCUGUCUCUCUGGCCUGCUGGUCUGUCUACCAAUGCUGAAGGUACUAUUGAGUGGGCUGGCGGUCUCGUCGACUGGAGCUCUCCAGACAUGGUCAAUGGCUAUUACCAUGCCGACUUCAAGAAUCUGGAGACCGAAUGCUACGAUCCUCCCAAAGGCGCCAACGGCACUGGCAAGACGAGCUACGUCAUCAACGACAAGGCUAUGACCAACCUCAGCAUUGCUUUGACCGAUAAAGACACCGUUCUCGGCUCGUUCCAGGCAACUGGCUUGAACAUGGAUUUUGGCAAGGACGAUAACAAGAAGAACACCACCGGCUCCAUCCCUGGCCAGAGCGGCGGUGGGCCUAGCCAGGCCAACCAUGGCGAUGAGGAUGGUGGUUCCUCCACAAACGAUGACGGUAGCAGUGGUACCAGCCCGAGUGGUAGUGCCAGCACCGGCUUCGUGCAAGGCAAUGGUGGACAAGACAACGGCGCCACGGCAACUGGUGCACCCGAGAAGGUUAUGCAGGGCAGCCUGUUUGCUGCUCUCGUGGCUAUUGUCGGUCUGUGCGUGUUGUGA